GCGUUCACCCAGGCGCGAAGGCGACACGAUGAGCUCCAAAGAAAACAAGGUUAAGAAGGUGAGCCAGGACAAAAAACAAGCAAGAACGAGGGAAGACGGGAAGAAGCGAACAAAGUCAUCCAAACGUACAAAGUCAAAAGAUUCGUCAGUCUCGAAAGCAGCCAAGUCGGGCAAAAAGAAGGAGCGCGCGGCAAAGAAACGCGGUGACAAAUCGCGCGAAGGCACAGGGGAACCCUCCGAAGGUAAGCCAGCCUCGAAGAAAUCCAAACCGCGCCAGGAAAAGGCAGAUUCGAAAAUCGAUGCCCACAGCAGCUCGAGAAAGUCCAAGUCCUCCAGGUCUCGCAGAAAAGGUGGGAAAGGCUCGAGCGGCAAACGAAAAAGCGUCUUUCGCAAGAUAUACAGCAAGCUGAGGGGCUCCAAGGGCAAGCGAAAGAAAUCGAAGCGAAAGACGAGCUCGAAAAGUGACAAGGCGUCCGAGUCGUCUAAACUGGCCACGACAGCCACCUCGACGCAACCUGGUGGGACAACAGAUGUGGAGCACCGUCAUCCUGAAGAGCUCGCGUCGUCGAGCAGAGCGCCCGAUGGGAAGCACGAAGACGGCGUGCCAGGGGAUCCCACGCGGAAAGCAACCGAGCAGCGUAUUCCAGAUCAGAAAGCACCAGAGACGAAGAUUCCAGCGGAAAAGAUGCCGGGGGAGAAGAGUACUGAAGCAGUGGAGUUUAGCGGGCCUGCUUCUGCUCAGGCGGCGAAGGCGAGCUCGAAGGACGCUGGGGUUGUUAACGCACCUGAGCCUACGGGCAAGCUUCAACACCAGAAAGCUUCCGACACUGAGAAAGAGCCUAUUGAAAAAGUUGGUCAAAAAGCUCCCGCUUCAGCACCUGUUGCACAGCAAGUCGAAGAGCUUGCGACUUCAAAUGGGCCGUUACCGGUGCAGAAAAACAGAACAGCGAUGUCAACGCCAGUGAAGACGGCAGCGUUGGAGGCUGUCCAGAGUGACAACCGCGCCCCCAGCGCCGUGGAGGCUGACCCUAUUGGUGGACGACAGGCGCCGACGUCCAAGCCCCGCGAGGCGGUCAUCCAGCCGGAGCGGUUGCCCAUCAAGGACGACGGCUGGCCGGACGCCGCAAGCAGCACGGCCUUCACUUGCCCAGAGACGCACACGGAGCACACAGGAGCGAUCAGUAUAGACUGGGCAUCGCUCCAAGACUUCCUCUUGCCAGAGUUUGCCGCAGUGUUGUAAAGAAAUCACUGAGAAUAAAGGAAGAAAUGAAA